AUGGCGUCGAAAAGAAAACGCGAUACCGACAACGGUGAUAACGAACGAAAAUAUCGAAAAUUAAAUAAUGAAGAUUUACAGGAAAUUAUAAAUAUGGUAAGAGCCAAUAAUACGACUAAAACACGUAUCAAAAUUACGGGACAGCGUAUUGCAGAUAUUGCAAAAAUGGCUCAUGAAAAUAAUUUACAAAGAAAUAGAAGCAAACAAUCACGGGGAAGACGAAAUUAUAAUGUGGAAGAUAGAGACAUUCAUGAAAUAGCACGUAUUGUUGAACAGAAUGGGAAAAAUACACGCACGCCACGAAAUGCAUUUCGUGUAGAUCGAAUACAAACGCAUCGUCGUUUAGGGUAUAAUGAAUAUGUAUAUAAUGUUAGAAUAGGUGCGGGACAUGUCACAACACUUCCAGAAUUUUACGAUAGCCUUCGUGAAAUAUUUAAUUAUUUAAUUAAUAUUGCUAAUUAUAUAGCUAGUUCGCCGACAGAUAAAGCACGUUUCUACAUCUCUAAUGCUCCGCGUACAGCAUUUUCAACGGCCAUUUUAAAUGUUUCUGAUUUUAAUGUCGAUAUGUUUUUUGAUAUUUUUGAAAAACAUAUGCAAAGUAAUGCACAAGAAGUAAUUGAUGAUGGCUGGAAUACGACAAUUAGUUUGUAUAUAUUUCCGAAUAAUUAUGUGCCCAAAGUAUCAUGA